AUGGUGUACGGUGGGAAGCCAAGUACGGGGUGUCAUUUGUGUCGCAAGCGGAAAAUCAAGUGCGAUGAGGAACAUCCCGGGUGCCGCAAUUGCGCCAUAUACGGACAGCCAUGCCCGGGCUAUCGAUCCGAUGGGAUCUUCAGAAAUGAAACGCACAAGGUACAGCAACUAGUGAAAAAGACCGGGAGUACCCUGCCAAGUGGCAAGCAGCCCAACAGGCACGACCUAUCUACCGGCAGCAGUCAUCAAAGGUCCCCACUGUCCAUCUAUCGUAUCAGUGAUUCCACCUGGGAAGAAAAGGCAAUCUGCUAUUUCUUCGAUCAGUAUACCAUCUGUGACGAGACGGGAGGCGUGGGCCACCUAGGCUUUAUCCCGUCUCUAUAUGCCUCUUGCCGAGACCAGACUUCGAGUGACCCGGCGUCCUCCUCCCUACGACUAGCUGUCGACGCGACGGCCCUAAUGGCGCUGAGCAAUAGGGCCAAGGCACCAGGAAUUGUGACACAAGCGAGAAAUCGCUUUGGCUUGGCGCUUCAACGGUUGCAAGAGGCAUUAGAUCUGCCUCGCGAAGCGGUCAAAGACGAAACCUUUGCGACAUUGGUUAUCCUAUCUAUGUUUGAGGAUAUCUCCGGGGAUCGGCUUGGACUCACCAGCUCGCAUACCGCGGGCUUCGAGGCUCUUACAGUGCUACGAGGUGAAAGUCAACUUGGACAUGCGCGGGGAAUGGAUAUGUUUAAGUUCGCGUAUGUUCAUAUGCAAGUAGAGUUUCUUCUUCGGAGAGGCAAACCCACUCUUGACCCGGACUGGAUUGUCGGACGGCUCGACAGUGCGGAUCCGCUACAAGGGCUUAUGAUACUUGCAUCGAGGAUUGCACAGCUGCUUGCGGAGCCUUCGUCUGCUUUAGCGUCCUUGGAAUCGGUUGGGGUCACAAAGCUCGCCUCAUGGAUUGACUCUUGUAGGGCAUUAGACGCGGAACUGGAUGGAUGGAGCCAGGGCCUGCCGGACAUGUGGCUGCCUCUCGAGACCCGUUCAUACACGGGCGAGGAUGUAUUAACGUACCGAGAGAUGAUUAUUGCAAUUAUAUGGGCCCAUUUCCGCGCUGUGCGGAUCUUGGUCUACUUCACGAUAGUUGAUCUCUUCCGGACACUUGCCUCCACUGUGAACUCGCCGGGAAUACACCGAGAGGCGUCCCAAUAUGAGACAGACGGCCUACGUCUGAGCCUCGAUCUGAUCUCCGAGACCUGUCGGAGCGUCCCUUUCUGCUUUGGAGAGAUUGAUCUACUCGGGAAUUCGAUUCCUCCGUCUGCGGAGGGCACGACUCGCAUCCGAGCGUUCUACGUCUAUAGCACGCUAUGGCCCGUGUGGUAUAUUAUGUCGUGUGGACUGGCCACUCCUGAACAGACCCAGAUGAUCCGGGGGGUGAUGGCUCGAACGGGGUCUGAGCUGGGGAUCAAACUGGCCAUUAUGUUGGCCAGCUAUGAUGGUCAAGGAACCAUGCCCUCGAUGCCCGAUCUAUACUCAUUCGAACAGACAGUGGCGGGGUUAUCGGCCAUGUAG